AUGUCGAAGAAGCUUCAAACCACCCUUACAACAAGCCUGACGCUUCUGGAGCAAUUCCAGGGAGCCAUGUCCUCCCCUAUUGGAGAUGUAACGUCCGCCGAGCUCUCCGGGAAAGACGCCUUGCCCCUCCUCUCGGCCUCGGCCACCACCCUGAAGUCGCAGGCCACCAAGCUCUCACUUGUUGCGAUCACUUCACCCUUCACCCCCUCGGCCGUGACAACCGUUCUCUCCGCCGUGAACGAAUCCGUGCUUCCAUCCCUGAUCACGGCAGCACUGCUCGUUACCCCGGCCGAUCACACCAAAGCAUUCCAGACCGAAGUGAAUGUUCUAGUCCAGACAACCCUGAAAGAAACUGCAGCGCUCCUUCAAGAUGUUCAGAUCAUUGCGAAGAAGAACGAAGCUCAAAAGCAAGCGGGCGAUUUAUCUCAGUCGGAGAAGGAUGCUGUCACAGUAGCGGCAGGGCGCUUGUGGGAAUCUUGCGAUGCCCUGAUCGAUAUCGCAACCAAGGGAGUGGUUGGGUUCGUGGUCCGACGGGUGGAGGAAUGGAGAGAUCUCGUGCGGGACGCGGUCCAGGAAAUCGAGGAGUGGGACCCCGACGAGGAGGGCGAUGAGUUCUUCGAUGAACUCUUGAGCGAUGACGGAAAGGCCGGCGAUGACUCAGAGGAGGAUGAAGAGGAUGAAGAUACCGCUGCCGUCCAUGCACAGAAAAAAUCGGCCCUCCGGAUACUCAAACCAGUCUUGCAGAUAUACCCCGCUAUCAUCGCGAACCGACUAAAGAGAACCUCCAACGCUUCAGCAGCUAUCGGCAAGCUGGAAUUCCUAAUGAAAGAACUGCAGCAGAUUCCAGGCCAUGUCGAUGAGAUAGCGGGGGCGUUGUAUGAAGCGAACCUAGAGGGUUCGGUCCAAUAUCUUCGUAAGACGAAGGACUGUGCCGUCAAGGCCGUCGAUCUAGUCACUCUAUCUUGGGAUGUGACGGGAUCUGCCGGCGCUCAGCAAGACAAGGAGGACAGGUUCACAGCCUGGUCCAGAACCUGGUCAAAAGUUAUGGACGAAGUGAGCAGGUCUGUUAGUGAUUAG